AUGGGUGAACUCAAAAGUAGACCACAAGGGGCACUACCGAGCUCAACAGAGCUCCCGCGCAACCUAGGAAGUACGGGAAAGGAGCAAUGUCAAGUUGUGAUGUUGCGAAGCAGAAAGACAGUGGCAGAUGAGAAGAAGAAGCCAAGAAGGACAGCCCUAAUUGUGAUGGGACAACAGACCCCAUUAACUCAAGAAGAAACAGAAGAACAGGAGAUGAUGGAACCGAAAAUUGCAUUCACUUCGAAGCCGAAAGAACAGGGAACCGUGAAAAUACAGCUACCACCAUUCCCUCAGAGACUUAAAAAGAAGAAAAAUGAAGAAGUACAGUAUCAAUGCUUCAUGGACAUGAUGAAACAGUUGCAUAUCAACAUCCCUUUCACUGAAGCGAUUAAACAAAUGCCAAAGUAUGCGAAGUUUCUAAAGGAUAUGGUGACGAAAAAAAGGAGCACUAGUAAGUUUGCAACAGUGGCAUUAACGCAAAGAGCAAAAACCAUUAUUCCACUGAAAAUGUGUGACACUGGAAGUUUCAUAAUACCCUGCUCGAUCGGAGGGUUAUAUAUUGGUCAAGCGUUUGCAAUCUCGAGGCCAGCAUCAACUUAA